UCCCAUCUAUUCUUAGGUGGUAUCCCAGCACGACUGAACAGUGCCUUGUCAUCGGCUGGUGAAGAAGGUACAAAAUGGCUUACAACGUGACUCUGAAUGGACCUGGACCAUGGGGUUUCCGACUGCAGGGCGGCAAGGACUUCAACAUGCCCUUGACCAUCUCCAGGAUCACCCCUGGCAGCAAAGCAUCCCAGUCGCAGAUGAACCAAGGGGACCUUGUGGUAGCCAUUGAUGGAGUCAACACUGACAGCAUGACCCACCUAGAGGCCCAGAACAAGAUCAAGUCAGCCAGCUACAAUCUGAGCCUCACUCUUCAGAAAUCUAAACGUCCAGUGCCAGUUCCAACCUCAGCACCCAGAAUUGACUCUCCCCGGCCUGUAAUUCCUCACCAAAAGGUCAUAACCAACACCACUUCCAAUACGGAGUUUGUGGAACGUUUCAACCCCAAUGUCCUGAAGGACUCUGCCCUGUCUACGCACAAACCCAUUGAGGUGAAGGGCUUGGGCGGCAAGGCUACCAUAAUUCACGCGCAGUAUAACACCCCGAUCAGCAUGUACUCCCAGGAUGCGAUCAUGGAUGCAAUUGCAGGCCAGGCGCAAGCCCAAGGUGGAGAGUUUGCUGGUACUCUUCCAGUUAAAGAUCCUCAUGUAGACAGUGCCUCUCCAGUGUAUCAGGCUGUGCUUAAGACUCAGAACAAGCCUGAGGAUGAAACUGAAGACUGGAGUCGCCGUUCUGCCAAUCUGCAGUCUAGGUCCUUCCGCAUCCUCGCCCAGAUGACAGGAACAGAGUACAUGCAAGAUCCAGAUGAAGAAGCCUUGAGGAGAUCGAGAGGCAAGGAAAAUGUUGCAGCAACAUCAGAAAACAGUACCCCUGUCGAGCAUGCUCCAGUGUCCACCAGCUCUGCCUCUGCUCCUGUGCCAGCUGCUUCAGCGCAUCCGCCUGCUGCCGCUGCUCCAAAUCCCGGCAGCGCCACGCCGCCAGCAAGCGCUCCCGCCUCCGCAGGGCAAGAGUCCUUCUCCUCCUCCUUCCAAAGAAAUACAAGCCAAUCCUAUGCACCAACACCAGUUUCUGCAAGUUAUGGCGAAAGUCCUGCUGCUUCUGCCACUUCAAAACCAAGGGUUGUCACUACUGCCAGCAUAAAGCCCUCUGUCUACCAGCCAGCACCAGCACCAGUUCAUUCCUACACCCCUGCAAACACUGAGCCUGCAAGCCGCCCUCCGUGGGUAACAGAUGACUCCUUUUCCCAAAAAUUUGCGCCUGGAAAAACGACCACCACUGUCACCAAGAACAUCCUUCCACGGGGUGCUCCAGUACCAUCUCCUGCCUCAACUUCAGCUUAUCCAUCCCCAGUUUCAGCUUCUUCCCAGGCUCCUGCAGUAGCCCGGGGAACAAUUCAGAGGGCUGAGCGGUUUCCAGCCAGCAGCCGAACCCCUCUGUGUGGGCACUGUAACAGCAUAAUUCGGGGUCCUUUCCUGGUAGCCAUGGGUCGCUCUUGGCACCCAGAAGAAUUCAACUGUGCUUACUGCAAGACAUCCUUGGCUGACGUGUGCUUUGUGGAGGAGCAGAAUAGCGUGUACUGUGAGCGCUGCUACGAGCAGUUCUUUGCACCCACCUGUGCCAGAUGCCACACUAAGAUCAUGGGGGAGGUGAUGCACGCCCUGCGACAGACCUGGCACACCACUUGCUUUGUCUGUGCUGCCUGCAAGAAGCCGUUUGGGAAUAGCCUCUUUCACAUGGAAGACGGGGAGCCCUACUGUGAGAAAGAUUACAUUGCUUUGUUCAGCACAAAAUGCCAUGGCUGUGAUUUUCCUGUUGAAGCUGGAGAUAAAUUCAUUGAAGCUCUUGGACACACUUGGCAUGAUACCUGCUUCAUUUGUGCUGUAUGCCAUGUGAAUUUGGAAGGCCAACCAUUUUACUCCAAGAAGGAUAAACCCCUGUGCAAGAAGCAUGCCCAUGCCAUCAACAUUUAAAGGAAGAGGUGUAAGCCAGUUAUGCUGGGGAAAUAUUUAUGACUGACUAGGCGAUUAUGAAAUGGAUGGCUAUGGCUGGCUAGUAUGUUUAUGGGUAAAAGCUAGGAAGCUGACACUUCUGAAGUUUAAUUUUAACCUCUUUCAUGUAUGCAGAACAUACUUUGGGAUGGUUCAUACAAAAAGCUGUUGAAUGAACAAUCAAAACAAAUGAACUAUCUAUUUGAAAAUAGGUUUAAUGCAACAGCUGGGGGAAAAUAUUGGUAUUAACUGAAAACUACAAUAUUAAAAA